CAUAAAGGAGCGUCCGGGACCACGUGACUCUCUCUCGUCCUUCUCUCUCUUACUGUUCGUGCCGCCAUCAUGGACACAGGCCGCGUGCAGCCCAUCAAGUUGGCUAGGGUCACCAAGGUGCUGGGCAGGACCGGUUCUCAGGGCCAGUGCACCCAGGUUCGCGUGGAGUUCAUGGACGACACCAGCCGGUCCAUCAUCCGCAACGUGAAGGGCCCGGUGCGGGAAGGGGACGUGCUCACCCUGCUGGAGUCAGAACGCGAGGCCCGGAGGCUGCGCUGAGACCAGCCGGUGGAGGUCCUAGGCUGCUGGUCCUGGUUUGGAAAGACUGCUUAAGGGAUGUGUAAAAUAAAGAGUUUUGUCUAA